AGAUCUGAAUCAUGCGUCUCUUUUAUUUCAUUCAUUCGUGUGCAAAGAUAAACUUGAUCAAAGAACCAGGUAGAGCUUAUCUCUGACCUGUUAGCAGUGGUUCACCUGUUUCACUUGUCAGACUUAACUUUGAUAAACUGUAACUCAUGGCAGUUGUAUGCACACGCCUACAUUUAUUUCAGGAUGUUGUGCAGCACGUCACAAGGAGCAUUACACAAGAAAAAAGAUUACAUUUGUGUGCAAGAUUCAGACACAAUCACUGUUUUGAGAACUAUCUACUCAGCAGGAUGGAGCUGCCACCUCGACCAACACUGUUUGACUUUUAUGGAGUCUCCAUGACCAAGUACUUCACUGACAACUGGGACGACAUACAAAACUUCCAAGCGAGACCAGAUGAUGUUCUCAUAGCUACUUAUCCUAAAGCAGGUGGAGUUGCAUGGACUACAUGGGUCUCUUACAUCCUGGACCUGCUGUAUUUUGCGCAGACGUCUUCUGAGCGUGAGACAUCCAUCCCUAUUCACGAGAGAGUGCCCUUCCUGGAGAUCAUCAUACCUUCUCUACGCUCAGGUAAAGACCUUGCAGACCAGCUGCCCACCACCCCUCGUCUAAUUAAAACUCAUCUACCAGUCCAGUUUGUGCCCAAGUCCUUCUGGGAACAGAACAGCAGGAUUGUCUAUGUUGCCCGUAAUGCAAAGGACAGUGUAGUGUCCUAUUUCCACUUUGACCGCAUGAACCAUAUCCAGCCAGAACCAGGAGACUGGAGCAACUUUCUACAGAAAUUCAUGGAUGGAAAGGUGGUGUUUGGAUCCUGGUAUGACCAUGUGAACGGCUGGUGGGAGAAGAAACAGACAUAUUCAAAACUUCAUUACAUGUUCUAUGAAGAUCUGGUUGAGGACUCUGGACGAGAGAUAGACCAUCUCUGUUCCUUCCUUUGUUUGUCUCCUUCAGCUGAGGAGAAGGAAAGAGUCACAACUGGAGUGAAGUUCGACAAUAUGAAACAAAACAAAAUGAUCAACUAUUCCACCGUCGAAAUUAUGGAUCAGAAGGUGUCUCCUUUCAUGAGAAAAGGGAAAGUUGGUGACUGGAAAAACCAUUUCACUGUGGCUCAGAAUGAACAGUUUGAUGAAGACUACAGGCAGAAAAUGAACAAUCCCACACUGAAGUUUCGUACUGAAGUUUAGAGGUCGGGCCCAGCUGUACUUCAGGAAGUAGUGAACUGGUGUGGGAUAAUAUAGAUGAUAAUGCUGGUUUUCCUGUGUCAGAUAUUAAAUGACAAGGAUAUUGUCUAAUCAGUCCAGAACAUUUCUCCUCAUAAUGAAGUCAACUAAUGAAAUAAAAUAAUCAUUUUACAUUUAUGUUGUCUGUAAGAGGAAUUACUAACAGUCACUUGGAAAAAGCAGCGGUGUAUAUUAAAAUCCUGAAAAACAGCUUCGUUUUCCCUAAAGUAAAUAAAAAAU